CCCGGGCAUCGCAUUGCUCAGACUGCGACAACUGCGUGAUGAGAUUUGAUCACCAUUGUCCGUUCGUGAACAAUUGUGCUUCUUGGCACGGCGGAUUGUGGCGGUGCUCCAGGGAUUGGGUGUCAUGGGCCUGAAAAGGUGUCAAUCCAUGAGCACUGGUGAGCAAAGAACUGUUCCAUUUGGACGUACCUGGGCUAUACAUGGCUAUACCAUGCUUUUCUUGUUUCUCCACGUACGAACAUCACGCCCUCCUGCGCCUUUUGUGGCUGCUGAGUCACUGCCCUGUGUUGAUAUGCAUAUAAAAUAUAGACCAAUAUGUAUCAAUAUGUAUAUAUGUAUAUUAUGAGGAGAAAGUUGUGUGAAGUCGCAGCGGAGUCUGAGAUGUGACAGGUCCGAACGGUUGGGCGUCCGGCCCUGAACUGGGAGGAUUCCAGGAACUAGGUGGGGGACAUGCGUGCAUGCCUAGGCUUCCAACUGAAGCCUUCUGAUUUGCACCGAUGUUUCCCUUAUAGGGGAAUCCAUGAGCUGUUUGCGACCUGUUUGGUUUCCGAGACUGCUUAGGCUUUGUUUGCAGAACACCUUGGUCAGAAGAGUAUGAUACUGUUGACACUGGGAACCCACCAAGCUUGACAAGUGGCAAGAUCAUCAAGCGCAUUGUUGGGAGCUCCUUUUCCGAGUGGCUCCUGUUGACCGGUGGCAAGAUCACCAGCCAUCACAAGCCCGCAAAAGGGCUCAAUCAUGCUCAAUCCCUUCGGUUGAUUUGUUUAGACGCGGGGUCGCUGCAAAGCAAGAAAUGGGACCCUCCAUGCUCCUCAAGAUAUCCAAUCAGUCUUUGAAAAGGCUCUAAACGGAAGUGGAUGUGAGUAUACACUAACCAGCGGAUCUCAUUCUACAUGCCCAUUUGUAUCCCUAUCAGACCAUAUCGGACCGACCUAUUGAUAUGGAAUUUCCUCGGUACUACCACAACCAUCGGCACUCGUGCUUGACCAAAACGGCACUAGUUCCGCCGCAGGUGGGCCAGCGGAACUACUUAUUCUUUUUCGGCUUCACCAGCUCAGUUUGUAUGCUGGCCUUGGUGGUGAUCCCCUCCCUCUUGUGGUUCUUGCUGGUGGGCACUGGCUUUGGCCCAGCAGAAAUGCAAAAAGCCGAGGAUUAUGAGGUGAACUCCGAUGCUGUGCUGCGGGGAUUCCUGAUUACCUUGGCUGCGGCCGCAGGCACUGGCGCUUUGUGUGUCAUUGGCCUUUGGGGUUACCACCUCUUCUUGAUUUGCUCAGGGAUAACCACUCGAGAGCACAUCAAAGGGAUGCGCACCAAGGAGUUGCUCCCAGGGCUCUCGGAGGAGUCCACGACCUGCAGUCGUCGGGGCCCCUCGCUGCUGAAGCUCCGGCAGUCGGUGCAGGUGCUCCGCAGUGGCCUCGGUAGCAGCAGGCGCUGGCGCCUCCCAGACACGGGCCGUGUGACGCUGCAGGUCUAGGCGUGAGCCAAACGGAUCCGGUGGAGGAAAGAUGGCU